GUCAUGACUCACCUUUUCUUUUCCUCUUCACAACACAUAAAAGUCUCAAUUCACAUUUCCUGAUUGUUUCAUUUCCCUCCUUAUAAUGCUUUGCUUCCUUCUCUCAACCGUUAAGCCUCCAGAUGAACACAAGAGUCACUUAGCCACGCUCCUCCAUUUAUUACAUUCACCAUUUCCACACCUCUUCAACUUUCAUCUUUGUUACUUGGCAAACGGCAAAAACCAGAGACACCCCAUAAGGGAAAUUUGGGAAAUCAUCAAGAACAACUCCAUGACUUCUUCUUCUUCUUCAAUUUCCAGUCUUGCACUGGUCGUUUUUUUGUUUCUCUUGGGUACCCAGUUGGAUUUCUGUUCAUCCCAUGGAUCUUACCCCAGUAACUUCAUUACUUGGGAGGAUUUAAAGGUGGAACAGCCUCGAGGAAAGAUGAAUUUGAACGAUGGAGAUAACAGUAGUCGAGUGAUUGUGGUAUCUAAAGAUGGGAGAGGUGAUUCAGUUACAGUUCAGGGUGCCAUUGAUAUGGUUCAUGAUUAUAAUACAAAGAGAGUGAAAAUUUUGAUACUUUCAGGUGUUUACAGAGAAAGAGUGUUUGUUCCAAGAACCAAGCCUUACAUUUCAUUCAUUGGGAAACAGAGGUCUCAAACUGUGAUCUCUUGGAAUACUAAAGCUUCUGAUAAAAAACCAAACGGGCAAGAGAUUGGGACCUAUGAUACUGCUACAGUCGCUGUAGAAUCUGAUUACUUCUGUGCAACAGAAAUCACUUUUGAGAAUACUGUGGUUGCGGAGCCUGGAAAGGAAGGGAACCAAGCAGUUGCACUGAGAGUCUCGGGAGACAAAUCCAUGUUCUUUAGGAUCAGGGUUUUGGGAUCACAAGACACACUCUUGGAUGAUCGAGGAACUCAUUAUUUUUACCAAUGUUACAUUCAAGGAACAGUUGAUUUCAUAUUUGGUGAAGCAAGAUCACUCUAUCAGGAUUGUACAUUACAUUCAACAGCUAAACAAUUCGGAGCAAUUGCAGCUUCUCAUAGAAAUUUUGAGAAUGAGAAAGCAGGAUUCUCUUUCGUAAAUUGUAGGGUUAAGGGGACUGGGAGUAUUUACUUGGGAAGAGCUUGGGGUACAUAUUCAAGAGCUGUCUAUUCCUACUGUGAUUUGGAUGGCAUUAUAAAUCCCUUGGGAUGGAGUGACUGGGGAGACCCAUCAAGGAGAAGGACUGUGCAAUUUGGUGAAUACAAAUGUAGGGGUGAAGGAGCCAAUUCAAGGGGACGCGUGCCAUGGUUAAAGACAUUCAAUUAUGAGCAAGCAAGGCCUUUUCUGGAUAGGACUUACAUAGAUGGUGAUCAAUGGCUGAAACUAUAGUAUUCAUCUAUGCUUAUCACUCACUCAUGAUUCAUUUGUUCAAAAC